GCGCCGGGUUCCGGCCGGAGCUCCGAGUCGGGCGUCCUGACGCGGCCGGCCCGCGGGCUUCCCCCGGCCGCGGCCGCCAUGUACCCGCCGCCGCCGCCCGCGCCGCCCCGCGACUUCAUCUCGGUGACGCUGAGCCUCGGCGACCGCUACGACAACAGCAAGGGCUGGCGGCGACGCUCGUGCUGGCGGAAAUGGAAGCAGCUGUCGCGGCUGCAGCGCAACCUGGCCCUGUUCCUCGCGGCGAUCCUGGUGGUCUUCGGCCUCCUGGCGUACCUGAACUUGGCCGAGCAGUGGCGAGCCUUGCAGGCGGCCGAGCAGCUGAGACCAGCCCACGCGCCUGUGCUCCCGCCCCCCCAGAAGGCCAACGCGGACCUGCCCUCACCCCAGAGGCCCCACCGGGACCCACAUUACCUGCAGAUCGGAGCCCCCCAAGGCGGUCAGGAGCGGGAAGGGGCCCUGGUCAGCGCGGACGUGCCCAGGACGGUCAUCAGCUGGCGGGGCGCAGUCAUUGAACCUGAGCAGGGCACGGAGCUCCCCUCGAGGGCGGCAGGGGCUCCCAGCAAGCCCCCCGCGCCGCGGCCCGUGGUCCAGGACACAGCACCCAGCGAGCGCCAGAAGGGCGUCAUCGCCGCCUUCCUGCACGCCUGGAAGGGUUACCGCCGCUUCGCCUGGGGCCGCGAUGAGCUCAAGCCGGUGUCCAGGUCCUUCAGCGAGUGGUUCGGCCUCGGUCUCACCCUCAUCGACGCCCUCGACACCAUGUGGAUCUUGGGUCUCAAGUCAGAGUUCCAGGAGGCCCGGAACUGGGUGGCAGAGAAGUUGACCUUUGACAAGGACGUGGAAGUGAACCUGUUUGAGAGCACGAUCCGCAUCCUCGGGGGGCUCCUGAGCGCCUACCAUCUGUCGGGGGACCGCAUCUUCCUGAGCAAAGCGGAGGACUUCGGACGGCGCCUGCUGCCCGCCUUCAGGACGCCCUCCAAGAUCCCCUACUCGGACGUGAACAUUGGCACUGGGAUGGCCCGCCCCCCCCGCUGGACGUCCGACAGCACGGUGGCCGAGGUGACCAGCAUCCAGCUCGAGUUCCGGGAGCUCUCACGUCUCACAGGAGUGCAGACAUUCCGGGAGGCGGCUGAAGCGGUGAGCAGGCACAUCCACUCGCUGGCAGGGAAGAAGGACGGCCUGGUGCCCAUGUUCAUCAGCACGCACAGCGGCCUCUUCACUCACCCUAACGUGUUCACGCUGGGCGCCCGGGCUGACAGCUACUACGAGUACCUGCUCAAGCAGUGGAUCCAGGGCGGGAAGAAGGAGACACGGUUGCUGGAGGACUACCUGACGGCCAUCCAGGGCGUGAAGAAACACUUGCUACGGCGCUCCGAGCCCAGCAAGCUCACCUUCGUGGGGGAGCUGGCCCAUGGCCACUUCAGCGCCAAGAUGGACCACCUGGUGUGCUUCCUGCCAGGGACGCUGGCCCUGGGCGUCCACCACGGCCUGCCGGCCGAGCACAUGGAGCUGGCCCUGCUGCUCAUGGAGACGUGCUAUGAGAUGAACCGGCAGAUGCAGACCGGGCUGAGCCCCGAGAUCGCACACUUCAACCUGUACCCCAAGGCGGGCUACCAGGACGUGCAGGUCAAGCCAUCAGACAGGCACAACCUGCUGAGGCCGGAAACCGUGGAGAGCCUGUUUUACCUGUACCGCGUCACACGUGACCGCAAGUACCAGGACUGGGGCUGGGAGAUCCUACAGAGCUUCAACAAGCACACGCGGGUCCCCUCGGGUGGCUAUUCGUCCAUCAACAAUGUGCAGGACGCACAGCGGCCACAGCCCCGGGACAAGAUGGAGAGUUUCUUCCUGGGCGAGACACUGAAAUACCUGUACCUGCUCUUCUCAGAGGACGCUGGCCUGCUUAGCCUUGACACCCACGUGUUCAAUACCGAGGCCCACCCUCUGCCCAUCUGGUCCUCUGCCUAGGUGCACUGGUCGGGCCGCUCACCAUCGCCAUGCUGUGGGUCGCCCAGGGCCUGCCCAUGUCCUGAGCCAUGCUGUGGGUUGCCCAGGGCCUGCCCAUUUCCGGGGCCAUCCCACGUCCUGGGCCAUGCUGUGGGUCGCCCAGGACCUGCCCACGUCCUGGACCAUGCUGUGGGUCACCCAGAGCUUGCCUGUACCCUGGGACUCCGCCUUGGCUCCUCCCACUCUCAUCAGACUCAGGUACCUCCUGCUGCCUUUUGGUGCAGGGAUGGGAUGACAGAGCUUGUCCCAUCUCCUGCACCCUGAGGUUCCAACCAACAUAAAUGUGGAUUUGCUCACAAUGUCUCCUGCGUGGGGUCUGUGCUGGGCAGUAUGGGCCAGGUCUCAGGGCAGAGCCCCCUACUGCUCCCAAGGCACAAGGGGACCAAGAUACUUUUUCAGCCCAGGUCAGCCUGCCCCCUCAGAGCCCCUUGUUGGGGCUGACCGUGGCUGGGCCAAGUGUCUGCGCUCAUAGAGUCCCAAGCCUGCCUAGUGUCCAUGCCGGGAAGAACGCCUGACACAUGGCCACUAACCACGACCUUGGCAGGUGGCGGGCUUCCACCCACCUCCUAGGGCCUGGCACCCAGCCUGAGCCUGGUGUGGCAUGGCCAAGAGUCCCCUGGGCGGGACAGACAGCUAUGGAACCCCUGAGGGCCAGAGAUGCGCCACGCUGCACCCCUCUCAGCUGCUCUGCUUCCUGUCCAGCUCUUGCUGAAGGCCAGCCAGUGCCAGGAUCCCUGCACCCUCGUGGGAAACCCAGAAGAGUUCCUGGCCCAGACUUGGUCAUGUGGCCGUCAGGCAUGACCCAGUGGACAGAAGAGCAUUCUGUAACUGCCUUUCAAUAAACCUUUUUUAGAAAAA